AACAUGUCCCCACAUUUUCUCUGGGGUUUUGUUACUUUAUUGAUGAUAGCCAAAUUACAUGGCACAACCGGAGAACCUAAGCAGAAGCAACAGAAAAGGAUAGCUGAUCUUCACCAGCCACGAAUGACCACAGAGGGUGGAAACUUAGUGUUUCUUACAAGCUCUGCUCAAAACAUUGAAUUUAGAACUGGAUCCCUGGGAAAAGUCAAAUUAAACAAUGAAGACCUUGGUGAAUGUAUACAUCAGAUUCAGAGAAACAAAGAUGACAUUUUAGACUUAAAGAGGAAUGCAACUGGUCUUCCUCAGAAUUUACUUAGUCAAGUCCACCAACUUAACUCCAAGCUUGUGGAUCUUGAGAGAAAUUUUCAGAGAUUGCAGCAGAAUGUCGAGAGGAAGGUUUGCAGUAGUAAUCCCUGCCGCAAUGGUGGCACCUGCGUCAAUCUGCACAACUCCUUUUUCUGUAUCUGCCCUCCGCAGUGGGAGGGUCUUUUCUGCUCAGAUGAUGUUAAUGAGUGUGCGAUUUACUCGGGAACACCCUUUGGCUGCCAGACUGGAUCCACCUGUGUGAAUACAGUGGGGAGUUUCAGAUGUGAAUGCACGCCUGAUACGUAUGGACCCCAGUGUGCAUCCAAAUACAAUGACUGUGAACAGGGCUCUAAGCAGCUCUGUAAGCAUGGCAUCUGUGAGGACUUGGAGCGCGUGCAACAUGGACAGCCAAAAUUUAGCUGCAUCUGUGAUGCUGGGUGGACAACGGCACCAAAUGGCAUCGCCUGCACAGAGGACAAAGAUGAAUGCAGCCUCCAGCCUUCACCUUGUGCAGACCAUGUGCAGUGUUUCAACACCCCAGGCUCUUUCUAUUGUGGGGCCUGCCCAAAAGGCUGGCAAGGAAAUGGUUAUGAAUGUCACGAUAUCAAUGAAUGUGACAUAAACAAUGGAGGCUGCUCUAUGGCUCCAUUUGUCCCCUGUCAGAACACGCCUGGAUCUUUCACCUGUGGGAACUGCCCACCAGGUUUCAGUGGUGACGGGAGACAGUGCACGCCCUUGGACAUCUGCUUGAUCAAUAACGGAGGCUGCCACCCAGAUGCGUCCUGCUCCUCAUCUCUUGGGUUUUUGCCUCUCUGCACCUGUCUUCCGGGAUAUACAGGAAAUGGUUUUGGGCCAAAUGGAUGUGUACCCCUCAGUAAUAUUUGCUCAAGUCAUCCGUGUGUACAUGGACAGUGCAUAGAAACAGUAUCUGGUUAUUUCUGUAAGUGUGACUCAGGCUGGUCUGGAACCAACUGCACAGAAAACAUUAAUGAGUGUGUGAGCAGCCCCUGUUUGAAUGGAGGCACCUGUAUCGAUGGUAUCAAUGGCUUCACUUGUGACUGCACAAGCUCCUGGACUGGGUAUUACUGCCAGACACCCCAGAGAGCUUGUGGAGGGAUCCUCUCAGGGACACAAGGAAAUUUUGCCUACCAGAGCCCUAAUGAUACUCAUGUUUAUGAUGUUAACUGUUUCUGGGUUGUCAGGACUGAUGAGGAAAAGGUUCUGCAUAUCACUUUCACAUUUUUUGACUUAGAAUCAUCAAAUAACUGUCCCCGAGAGUUUCUUCAGAUCCACGAUGGAGAUUCCUCAGCCUCUUUCCCACUGGGGAGAUACUGUGGCUCCAGGCCCCCACAGCGGGUCCACAGCAGCGGCAAUGCUCUCUAUUUUCAUCUCUACUCUGAAUCCAUAAGGCAUGGGAGAGGCUUUGCAGCAAGGUGGGAGGCAAAGCAACCGGAGUGUGGCGGCACACUGACUGGUGAUUAUGGUUCUAUAACAUCUCCGGGAUAUCCUGGAAACUACCCUCCAGGAAGAGAUUGUGUCUGGCACAUUCUAGUCAGUCCUGGAUCCUUGAUAACAUUUACCUUUGGGACUUUGAGCCUGGAGAACCACAAUGACUGCAGUAAAGAUUAUUUGGAGAUUCGAGAUGGUCCUUUCCAACAUGACCCUGUUCUUGGGAAAUUCUGCACUUCUCUGUCUACCCCACCGCUCCAGACUACAGGCCCUGCUGCCAGAAUUCAUUUCCAUUCUGAUGCUGACAUUACUGACAAAGGUUUCCACAUCACCUAUCUAACCACACCCUCGGAUCUGAACUGUGGUGGAAACUACACAAGCACUGAGGGUGAGCUUCUCCUUCCUCCCUUGACUGGACCUUUCAAUCGCAACAGACAGUGUGUCUAUCUCAUCACACAGCCCGAAGGAGAGAAAAUAGAUAUCAGCUUUACCCACGUGGAGCUGGAGAGCCAGUUGGGCUGUCCUCACACUUACAUCGAGGUUGGAGACCACAACAACUUACUUGAAAAGGUCUGUGGCAAUGCAACCCUUCCACCCAUUAGAUCAAUAUCUAACAAAGUCUGGAUCAGGCUGAGAAUAGAUGCUUUAGUUCAGAAAGCAAGUUUCAGAGCUGAAUAUAAAGUUGCUUGUGGGGGUGAAUUAACAGGAGAAGGAGUCAUUCGCUCACCUUUUCAUCCUAAUGCAUAUCCUGGACAAAGAACCUGUAGGUGGACCAUCUCCCAACCACCAAAACAGAUUGUUCUCCUCAACUUCACUGACUUCCAGAUUGGAAAUUCCCCCUGUGAUACUGACUAUAUUGAGGUUGGUGGCAGUUCUGUCUUAAGUUCUCCUGGAAAUGAGAAGUUUUGUGGCACAAACAUACCAUCCUUGUAUACAUCUGUGCAUAAUGCUAUCUAUGUCACAUUUGUGAAAAGUUCUUCUAUGGAAAAUCGUGGCUUCACGGCUAAGUACAGUACUGAGAAUUUAGAAUGUGGAGAAGUUCUAACAGCAGCAAUGGGAACCAUUGAAAGCCCUGGUUAUCCAGAUAUCUACCCAAGUGGUGUAAAUUGUAUUUGGCAUAUAGUAGUCCAGCAAGGCAACCUGAUUCGUUUGACAUUCGAUUCAUUUUCUCUGGAGUUUCAUUACAAUUGCACAAAUGACUACUUGGAAGUUUAUGACACUGUUGCCCAGACAUCUCUUGGGAGAUAUUGUGGAAAAUCCAUCCCACCUUCUCUUACUAGCAGUUCCCAUUCAAUAAAGUUGAUGUUUGUGUCCGACUCUGCUCUUUCACACGAAGGAUUUUCAAUAAAGUAUGAAGCAUUUAAUGCAUCAUCAGUGUGCUUACAAGACUAUACAGAUAACUCUGGGACACUCACCUCCCCGAAUUUCCCCAAAAAUUACUUCAAUAACUUGGAUUGCACCUACAGGAUCACAGUGGGCUUCAAUCAACAGAUUGCAUUGAAUUUUACAAGCUUCAUGUUGGAGAACAAAGUGGGGAAAAAUUGUAUCGACUUUGUGGAAAUCAGAGAUGGAGGCUAUGAAACUUCACCACUCCUUGGAAGAUACUGUGGCUCAGUUUUGCCUCCUCUAAUCAUCUCUCACAGUAACAAGCUAUGGCUAAAGUUUAAGACUGACAGCACAUACACACAGAGAGGUUUCUCAGCUUCCUGGGUUGGAUCGUCAACAGGCUGUGGAGGCAAACUCACCACUUCCACAGGGUUGUUCACAUCCCCCAACUACCCGAUGCCCUACUACCACAGCUCUGAGUGCUACUGGUGGCUGGAAGCCAGCCAUGGCAGUCCUUUCCUGCUGGAAUUCCAAGACUUUCACCUGGAGCAUCACCCCAACUGCUCUCUGGAUUACUUGGCCGUGUACGAUGGGCCAAGUACCAACUCCCAUCUGAUAAGUAAACUCUGUGGAGACAUCACACCAGCUCCCAUCCGUUCCAGUAGAGACAGCAUAUUGUUGAAACUGAGGACAGAUGAAGGUCAGCAAGGACGUGGCUUUGAAGUAAAAUACUCGCAGACAUGUGACAAUGUAGUAAUAGUGAAUAAAACCUAUGGCAUCUUGGAGAGCAUAAAUCAUCCAAAGCCCUAUGACCUUAAUCAGCGAUGUAACUGGACUAUCCAAGCAACAACAGGCAAUACUGUGAACUACACAUUUCUGGAAUUUGAUGUAGAAGAGCAUGUAAACUGCUCCCUGGAUUAUUUAGAGCUCUAUGAUGGACCACAAAGGAUAGGACGAUACUGUGGAGAAGGUAUUCCCCCAUCAGGGGCCACCACAGGCUCCAAGCUUCAUGUGCUGUUCUAUACAGAUGGGGUUAUUACACCGAACGAAGGAUUUAAGAUGCAGUGGUUUGUUCAUGGCUGUGGUGGGGAGAUGUCUGGAGACACAGGAUCUUUCAGCAGCCCUGGGUACCCUAACGGCUAUCCUCCCGACAAGGAGUGUAUCUGGAACAUUCAUGUGGCCCCAGGGAAUAUCAUUCAGCUCACCAUCCAUGAUUUUGAUGUGGAAUAUCACUCAAACUGCAACUAUGACACCCUGGAGAUCUAUACAGGCCUUGAUUUUCACUCUCCAAGAAUAGCUCAGUUGUGUUCCAGAACACCAUCGGCAAACCCCAUGCAACUCUUCAGCACUGACAAUGAACUAGCAAUCCGAUUUAAUACUGACAGCAGUAUAAACGGGAGAGGUUUCAAUGCUUCAUGGCGAGCAGUCCCUGGAGGUUGUGGAGGGAUUUUCCAGGUUCCCAGAGGAGAGAUUCACUCUCCAAAUUACCCAAAUGGCUACAAAGCUAAUACUGAGUGUUCUUGGGCUAUUCAAGUUGAAAAACAUUACCGGGUGCUCUUCAACAUCACUGACUUUGACCUUGAAGCAACAGAUUCCUGUAUUAUGACAUAUGAUGGCUCAAGUUCCAUAAAUACCCGUGUCGCCAAUGUGUGUGGAAGACAGAAGCCACCUACCUCCAUCACCUCCUCUGGAAACAGCCUCUUUGUGAGAUUCCAGUCUGGCUCUUCCAGCCAGAGCAGGGGCUUCCGAGCUCAAUUCAGACAAGAAUGUGGAGGGCACAUCAUCACCGACUCUUCUGAUACUAUUUCCUCUCCAUUGUUCCCUGAUAUAUAUCCAAACAAUCAAAACUGUACCUGGAUAAUUGAAGCUCAACCUCCAUUCAAUCAUAUUGCCCUAUCCUUUAGCCACUUUCAACUUCAAGGAGGUACAGAUUGUACAGAGGACUUUUUAGAAAUUUUGGAUGGCAAGGACUAUGAUGCACCUGUCCGAGGACGUUACUGUGGUGCCUCCCUGCCCCGUCCCAUUAUAUCAUUUGGCAAUGCCCUGACACUGAGGUUUGUCUCUGAUUCUUUCGCCACGUUUCAGGGUUUCCAUGCGCUCUAUUCUGCGUCAACAUCAGCUUGUGGUGGAACCUUCAACAUAGCUGAUGGCUUCUUCAACAGCCCCGACUACCCAGCGGAGUACCAUCCUAAUUUGGAAUGUAUCUGGAACAUUGUCAGCUCUCCUGGAAACCAGCUGCAGCUGUCCUUUCUGUCCUUCCAGUUGGAGAACUCUCCAAACUGUAACAAGGAUUUUGUGGAAAUCAGAGAAGGGAACGCCACAGGCCGCUUGGUGGGACGAUACUGUGGAAACUCCAUCCCUGGCAAUUACUCAUCCAUCAAGGGACAUACUCUGUGGAUCAGAUUUGUCUCUGAUGGCUCAGGCAAUGGCAUGGGCUUCCAGGGCAGGUUCAAUCAGAUAUUUGGCAAUGAUAAUAUUGUGGGAAGUCGUGGGAAAAUCGCAUCUCCCUUAUGGCCUGAAAGUUACCCCCAUAAUUCCAAUUACAUAUGGACAGUAAAUGUAAACGCAUCUCAAAUUAUCCGGGCUAGAAUCUUGGAGAUAGACAUGGAAUCAACAUCCAACUGCAAUUUUGACAAAUUAAAGAUUUAUGAUGGGAUCGACAUCCAUUCCCGCCUGAUUGGCACUUACUGCAGUAACCAGUUGUUGGACUCUAUUAGUUCCAGUAGAAACUCUAUGACAUUCCAGUUUUCUUCUGACUCUACCAUCUCAGGGAAGGGAUUCCUUCUGGAGUGGUUUGCAGUAGAUGUUUCUCCUGGAGUUAUUCCUGCCAUUGCUACAGGUGCUUGUGGAGGAUACAUGACGACAGGAGAUACUCCUGUCCUUUUUUUCUCCCCGGGCUGGCCAGGGGAGUAUGAUAAUCGUGAUGACUGUAUAUGGAUCAUCUAUGCUCCUGAUUCUACUGUGGAACUCAACAUUAUCUCCAUGGACAUCGAAUCUCAGCCAGUGUGUGACUAUGACAGGCUGAUCAUAAGAGAUGGAGACAAUAACUUAUCCCCUCUGCUGGCUGUUCUGUGUGGCAGAGAUAUUCCUGGGCCCAUCCGGUCAACUGGAGAGUACAUGUACAUCCGCUUCACCUCAGACUCCAGCAUCACUGGAGCAGGCUUCAACGCCUCCUUUCAUAAGAGCUGUGGUGGAUAUUUGCAUGCAGACAGAGGGAUUAUCACAUCUCCCAAGUACCCAGACACCUAUCUUCCCAAUCUCAACUGCUCCUGGCAUGUUCUGGUCCAGAGUGGUCUGACCAUCGCUGUUCAUUUUGAGCAACCUUUCCAGAUUCAAAAUAAAGACUCUUCUUGCAGCCAGGGAGAUUAUUUGGUGCUAAGAAAUGGGCCAGACAUCCAUUCUCCACCCUUGGGACCUUCUGGAGGAAACGGUCGUUUCUGUGGAAUUUAUACUCCAUCAACUCUGUUCACCUCAGAUAAUGAAAUGUUUGUUCAGUUCAUUUCUGAUAAUAGUAAUGGUGGGCAAGGAUUUAAGAUCAGAUAUGAGGCAAAGAGUUUAGCCUGUGGGGGCAACAUCUACAUCCAUGGUGCCGAUUCUGAUGGAUAUGUGACCUCCCCGAACUACCCUGCUAAUUAUCCCCAGAAUGUUGAAUGCAUUUGGAUCUUAGAGGCACCUUCUGGGAAAAGUAUACAGCUUCAGUUUGAAGAUCAAUUCAAUAUUGAAGAAACACCCAACUGUUCUUCGAGCUACCUUGAAUUACGCGAUGGAGCUGACUCAAAUGCACACGUGCUUUCCAAAUUGUGUGGGCACUCCUUGCCUAGUAGUUGGGUAUCCUCAAGAGAACUUAUGUACCUGAAAUUCCACACUGAAAGUGGUUCCAGCUACAUGGGAUUCAAGGCCAAGUAUUCCAUAGCCCCGUGUGGAGGAACAGUCUCAGGGGAAAAUGGAGUCAUCGAGAGCAUUGGAUAUCCAACCCUUUCCUAUCCAAACAAUGUGUUUUGUGAGUGGCAUCUGCGGGGCCUCCCAGGACACUAUCUUACCAUCCAUUUUGAAGAUUUUAAUCUUCAGAGAUCCUCUGGCUGUGCAAAAGACUUUGUGGAGAUCUGGGAAAAUCAUACCUUUGGAAAUCUUUUGGGCAGAUAUUGUGGAAACUCCAUUCCUGGCAGUAUCGAAACUUCUAGCAAUGUUGCUUUAGUCAGGUUUGUUACAGAUGGCUCUGUCACUGCCUCAGGAUUUAGGCUGCAGUUUAAGUCCAGCAGAGAAGUGUGUGGUGGGGAUUUACGUGGCACAACUGGAACAUUUACUUCUCCCCACUACCCAAACCCAAACCUGCAUGCCUGGAUCUGCGAGUGGACAAUUACUGUACCAGAAAACAGGAGGAUUAUCUUAACCUUUACCAACUUGAGGCUGAGCAACCAUCCAUCCUGCAACAAUGAGCACCUCAUAGUAUUCAAUGGCAUUAGAAGUAACUCACCGCAACUACAGAAACUGUGCAGUCGUGUGAAUGUAACCAGUGAGUUCAGAUCUACUGGAAACACAAUGAAGGUCUUAUUUUUCACCGAUGGAUCCCGGCCAUAUGGAGGCUUCAGUGCCUCCUAUACCUCCAGUGAAGAUGCAGGUGAUGUAGGAUGCUGCAAACUCACUUCCGUCAGUCAGACUCACUCAGUGCCCCCCCCAUCCCCCGCAAAGGCUGCCCCAAACAGCCAAGCCUUCUGCUUUCUCUGCAGUGGUCAAAGUAUACCUGGGAUCUUCAACACAAGAGCAACAUUUUUGAGUGAACAGAAAAUCUGCCUU